UUUAUACUUUUUUUUUUCUCUUUUAGUUUGGUGAUUCUAUUAUUGUUUGAAGUAUCAUGUUCAGUUCAUGUUUGGUAUGGUCUGGAAACAAGCCAUAAUUGAGUUUUGUAGAUAGGUAUGUGUCUUUUUUACUCCAUUAAUGCAGUUGCAGCUGGACUGGUGGAGUGGGGAAGUAAUGCCUUCAAUGCCAUUACUUUGAUAAUCAAUAAUACCACAUGUUUGAAGUAACUACAUGGGUUUUCUUAAUGACUGCCUUAGGACUUCAUAUAUAAUAAUAUUUUUACUUAAAUGUAUUGCAAAUGGUAUAUAGACAAUAUUAUUAUUAUGAAUAGUAUAUAAGGUAGUCUUAAAGAGUGCCGCAAUCGUAAGCAAAAUCCAUACUAAAAUAACAGCUGUAGAGCUUUUAUGUUUACCCUUAGGACACCUGUGCAACGGAGGCCUUUUCGUUACUUUCUUUUGCUUCGGUGUUGCUUUCCCCGGAACCGUAGAUAGAUAUGAAUGAAUUUUGUGAAGUUUGUUAUAGAAUUUUUGGUAGAGAACACCGGUAUUCAGUGUUAUUUGCUUGCUUGACUGAUUUACUCAAGGGUUGAAACAACAGAAUUAUCAACGUAAGCUGUUGGUUGGCCAAACAUGAACUUGGCAGUACCUAUCAUGCUAUAUUUAUUUGCCUUCUUUUUGGUAUUCUGAUCAUCAGAUUUAAGAGUCUCGAUUGGAGGCAUUAAAAAAUCAGGGAAGUGUAACAGUGUCCUUCCUCUGGCUUCUAAUGAAGUUUAGUGUUCGGAUCUGGAUAAAUGAAGCUCGAAGUGGAAGUUGUUGUUGUUUGUAUCAUUAGUUUGAUUUGGAUUCAGCAAAGCCUUUGUGACGAAUUUUCUAAUACAUCGGGUUUAAGCAACUGGACAUGCACAUGCUCUUCCGGAAACCAGAGCUAUAUCCUUAAAUCUAACUGUUCUAGGUCCUGUGAUUGCAAUCCAGUUGAAUCAAGUGGAGACAGGUGGACAUGCGUAUGUGCCACUAAUGGAUUUCCCGAAGUAGCAGUCGACAAUUAUGAUACUACCUGUUUUACAGCCUGCAACUGCACUGCUGGGUCUCUUCCAGAGGUGCCAGCUUCAAGAAAGCACUACACUAACAGAGUUGUAGUAAUUGUUCUAUUGGUCUCUGUAAUCCUCACAACUCUGUCAUUUAUUGCUUCGAUAACAUGCUAUUUCUAUCGGAAAGACAACUGUCCGGAAUGCCCCAUCCAACCCUCAAUAUUCUUGUCAGAUAAAGAAACUAGUUGCAAUGGUGCUACCAACUUACUAAGUCAGAAGAGUUCUUUGCUGUCGGAAACUAAGAUUAACAUCGGCUUCCCCACAAGGCCUCUUGCAGGUUGCUUUCAGAAGGUUUCAUUCCUUUGUCCAAGCAAACCGGGGACUGUACUCGGGACAGUUUUCCAGUUUGCCUACUCUGAACUGGAAAAUGCAACCAAUAAGUUCUCCGAUUCCAACCUCAUAGGAGUUGGAGGAAGUAGUUAUGUGUACCGAGGUCAGCUCAAGGAUGGAAGAAUUGUUGCAGUAAAACGACUUAAAGUUCAAGGAGGUCCUGAUGCAGAUUCUAUCAUUUCGACAGAGGUUGAGCUGUUGUCAAGGGUACAUCAUUGUCAUGUUGUACCUUUGCUUGGCUACUGUUUGGAAUUCAGCGGGAAACAUGCUGAGAGACUGCUGGUAUUUGAGUACAUGCAUAAUGGUAAUUUGAGGGAAUGUUUGAAUGGGAUUUGGGGGGAGAAUCUGACUUGGGAAACUCGUGUUUCGAUUGCUAUCGAUGCCGCAAAGGGCUUGGAAUAUCUCCACGAAGCGGCUGCUCCCAGAAUUUUGCAUAGAGAUAUAAAAUCCACAAACAUUCUUCUUGACAAGAACUGGAGAGCAAAAAUAACUGAUCUCGGUAUGGCCAAACGUUUAAGAGCUGAUGGAGUUCCCAGCUGUUCCAGUUCUCCAGCAAGAAUGCAGGGAACCUUUGGUUAUUUUGCACCCGAAUAUGCAAUUGUUGGAAAAGCCUCACUUAUGUCGGAUGUUUUCAGUUUCGGCGUUGUUCUUCUGGAACUCAUCACUGGUCGACAACCCAUCCAUAAAUCAAACAAUAAAGAAGAAAGUCUUGUUAUAUGGGCUACCCCUAGGUUACAGGAUUGUAAGCAGGUGACCCCAGAGUUACCUGACCCACGUUUGAAAGGCAAUUUUCCAGAAGAAGAGAUGCAGAUAAUGGCUUACCUAGCAAAGGAGUGCUUGCUGUUGGACCCUGAUGCUCGACCGACAAUCAGUGAAGUUGUUCAAAUCCUCUCAACUAUUGCUCCGGAUAAAUCUAAAAGAAGAAAUGUUCAUGUCAACUUUCUCCAGAUGUCAUCUGCCCAUAACAUGAAGAAUGAAACUCUUGUAGAAAGACAUCAAAGUGUAAUUGAGGCUUUAUACGACACAGAUGAGUACAUGCCAACUGAAUCUACAAACUCAACCGAAAUCUCACUGCCAUUACGCACAGACGGUAUUGGAACUGUUGGAAAACAAAGGGAUACCCUUUCUGCUGAGUGCUUGGAGAGACUGGUUCUUUUGAGUUCCAAUACUAGGAGUUGGGGUGUCCCUGAUGAUGAAGCAGUGGACUUAACUGAACCUCGACUCGAAUCGUUCGAUGUGGCAAAUAUCAAGUCCCUCAGAGAAGAACAAUCCUACGGAUUGGCUUAACAUGCUAUAUACACAAGUUAGCCAUUGGAUUUUUGAGAAAAUAUUUCUUUGUUAUUUUAUUUGUUCUGGAGAGUAUUUUUGGCGGAAUAGGCCAAACAUAGGUAGGUUGUGUUAGUACUAGGUCACAGUUUAUUCCUUGAUUGGAUUUCAUGCGUUUGUACAGAAAAUGAAAAAUCAAAUGAAGUUUGUAGAUGAGAGUGCAUUGGUCCUCUUUCAGCUUUCUUGAUGGACCUCACUAGCUUGUUCCUAAGCAAAUAUAUGCUGGUAAUUUUGUCAUAUUUCUCCUCAUUUUAGCUUUAAACCAGAUGAGUUGUCAUCAAAUAUUCAACUCCCAAGUUUUAAAUUGUGUCUCACUCCACCUAUGCUCUAUAAAAAUAAUUUUAACCAGUACAAAGUUCCUGUGUUAGUUGGGUGUCAUUUACUAUUAUUAUUGCAGAGAGUUGAAAUCUCCCUUUGAAUGGUAGUUGUCAUAUGACUUUGAGAAAGGAUGGUGUAAUUCAUCAACUUAUAUAACAAUCUCACCGGAUAUAAGAUAUCUUUCCAAAGUCUUAUCUCCUCAACCAACAAUGGAUCCACCUCCUCUACCUCCAACUCCACCACCGACGACACCGCUGCUAGCUCCGUCACCUCCAGAAGGAGGGUUAUGGGAAUCAUGUUUGUGGUUUCUGUGUUGCUGUGGAAUAUUCAGAAGCUGCUGCCCUCCACUGUUUGAACCAGGGCCACCUCCUCCGUAGAUCUGCAUUCUUUUUUCUCUUUUUGGAAUGUAUGAGUAUUUUACAAGGAUUUAAUUAUUUGGAACAUGAUGAUUGGUUCUUGUGGUUUGUCAUUCUUCUUAUUAUCUGCUAAUCUAUGUAGCAACUGAGAUUAGUGAUGCAAAAUUUAUGAAUUUAUAGCUUUCUUCUAA